UUCCCUUCUUUCUCUCUCUCUGGUAUUUUGUGCUUGGUGUGAACGGGACGUCCCGCUCAGCGUUGAGCAGUGCGCAAUAAAAAAAGGUGAGAAAAAAAGGAUUGAGCGAGAAUAGAGGAGAUAGAAAGGGAAGGGCUGUGGGAGAUAAAUAUUCUCUCCGGUUGGAGGUUUCAGCGAGUGGUAAACGAUUUUGAAGAAAGUUAGGCUUUCAGACGUCAGGUGCUCGAGUUCGAGGAGAGGAUGGAGAGAGUACAUCAUUAGCAGUGACAGCUGAAGGGAAGAAGUGGAAGAUUUAGAUUUCCUUUUCUAGGCUUUGUAUUUGGUGCGUGACAUAAAUUUUCGUCACUCUAGACGGGGUUGUGGUUUGUUUUUUUCGAAAGGAGGUGGAGGAGCUGAGGGUUUGGGGGCGUAUGCGGCAUGGAUGGCCGGUAAAAGUGAUCAUCAGGUUGUGGCAACGGCAGUAGAUACUUUUUUUGUUAGACGGGAUAAUUUCGGCAUGCAGAGCUUCGCCACGCCUCCUGCCUCGCAUACAAUCGGUACAUUUGGUACGGAGGUUGGCAAACCUUAUCAACCGCGAGUUGUUGAUAUUGGCGAGCUUGAACAGCCAGCGGGUUUUAAUCUGGAUGAUGUGGCUGCUCUUACCGCCAAAAGUUCUGGGCUGAAUUCUAGACAGGUCCUCAACGUCAGUCAUCCUGGGCAGUUACAGACUGCUAAUUUGGGCAGGUUGCAGCAGCCGUCUGAUUUUACUGCCCCUUCAGUGAACACUGUGGAGUCACGGCAUCAGUCCUCUCAUCGGGGAGCCCAAUCAAACUUUGUCUCGCCAUUAAAUAGUCGAAGAGAUACCUGGGAAGAUUCUGUCAUGGCAGAUACAAGCCCACGGACCGAUACGUCCACAGAUGUUGAUACUGAUGAUAAAGGGAACCAAAAGUUGGAUAUUGUCCAGCACGGAGGCAGUUCUGGAGAUCGUUCAAAUAACAAAUCUGGGGAUCAGAAGACACUUCGUAGGCUUGCUCAGAAUCGUGAGGCAGCAAGAAAAAGUCGCCUGAGAAAAAAGGCAUACGUUCAGCAGCUAGAAAGCAGUAGAUUAAAGCUAACUCAGCUUGAGCAAGAGCUUCAACGUGCACGGCAACAGGGAAUUUUCAUAGCAGGAGGUGUCUCUGGGGAUCAAAGUCAUUCGAUUGGUGGAAAUGGAGCUCUAGCAUUUGACAUGGAGUAUGCACGUUGGUUGGAUGACCAACAUCGACAGAUAAAUGACCUGAGGGCUGCAGUGAAUUCACAUGUGGGGGAUAAUGAGCUACGUGUUCUGGUGGAUGGUGUCAUGGCACAUUACGAUGAUAUUUUUCGUCUGAAGAAUGUAGCUGCAAAAUCUGAUGUCUUUCAUAUGGUCUCAGGCAUGUGGAAGACACCUGCAGAAAGAUGCUUUAUGUGGAUGGGAGGAUUCCGUCCAUCUGAGCUUCUGAAGAUGCUUAUUUUGUGUAUGCAGAUACUCAUUCCUCAUCUCGAGCCAUUAACAGAACAACAGUUGAUAUGUAUAGAUAAUUUGCAACAUUCGUCACAACAGGCAGAGGAUGCUUUAUCACAAGGAAUGGAAGCUCUGCAACAAUCAUUAGCAGAAACACUUGCUUCUGGAUCUUUAGGUUCCUCUGGAAACGUGGCAAACUAUAUGGGACAAAUGGCAAUUGCAAUGGGCAAGUUGGGUACACUGGAAAAUUUUGUUCAACAGGCUGAUAAUUUGCGGCAACAGACGCUACAGCAAAUGCAUCGAAUCUUAACCACCCGUCAAGCUGCUCGAGCUCUUCUUGCUAUCAGUGAUUACUUCUCUUGUCUCCGUGCACUUAGCUCUCUUUGGCUUGCUCGUCCAAGAGAGUAAAAUGCUCAUUGGGGAAACUGUCUUUGAGUCUGUACUAUGUUGUGGCCCUGGGGUAUGGGGCCUUGGGGUGUGGGCAUUGCCACAUCUAUGAGCUAACCUGAAACAAACCUCUCCAUAUGACAGGAUGAAGUUGAUAAAGGGUUGAAAGGGUGGAUGUAAUGAAAAUGCAAAAUGGAAGAGAUUCUUUAAAUGUUGGAGGUUUGGAAGGAAUCUUAUUGUAUCAGUGUUGUGGGAUGAUUGUUGAAAUCACCUUCAAGAAUUCCCUUGUGAACUGGGGCAAUCCUAGGAAUUAGGAAGAAAUUCUCUUAUGGCCACGUUAGGAUUUUCAGAGUUCAGCAGGUCCACUUAUGUCUUUGCAUUAGCUAGGCAAGAAUGUAUAAUAUAUAGAAUUAUUGCUGCUAAUAUUCACACGAGAAUGACCUCCAUAAGUAACUUUUUGAUGUGGUCUCAUUUGUAACAUAAUAUUUAAGUUGAGGAUCCUCUGAAGAUUAUUAUUAGGAUGUACCUCUAUCACAAAAUGCUAAUGUCAAGUCAUGUUACGGCAAUGCUAAUUA